GCCAUGUCUAAGGCAGCCGCGAGGAAGCUGCACUGGCACUCCAAGGUCCAGGAUAGCUUCAUCCCCCUGGUUGGUUCCUCGGGGGAUCUGGGCGUGGCAGUGGGCGGUGGAGCCGACUAUGGAGAGUUCCCAUUCGUCACAGCAGCCCCUGGAGGCGGGCUCACAGUGGGCGACGUAAUCCUUGAGAUUGGGGGAACCCCUGUGUUAGGGAUGACACUAGGAGAUGUCCGGGGAGUCCUUCACUCCUGCCUCCAUCCCAUCCGCAUCAAGACCGUCUCACCAGGCUCUGUAUUGUGUAAGGACCUCAGGUUGUAUCUGAGUAAGUGUUUUACUCCAGGAUCCAUGGACAGCCAGCUUCAGCAGGUCAUCCGGGAGAACCUCUACCUCAGAGCAGUGCCAUGCACGACCAGACUGCCCCGUGAUGGGGAGAUAUCUGGGGUGGACUACAACUUUGUCUCCAUAGAAGAGUUCUUCUCUCUGGAGGAGUCAGCAGCGCUGCUGGAGAGCGGCAAAUUCAAAGGGAACUACUACGGCACCCCACGGCCAGUACACAUCGGUCCAGAGAGCCCUCCCAUCACCUACCAGGAACACUGCAACCUGCUUCGGAACUUCCGGACACGCAGCAAGUCGCUUAGCAACCUGGAGAAAGCAACAGAGGAAGAGGAGAAUAGCGAGGAGGUCUCUGGCCUGUCAGGCAGGUUUACCAAAGACAGGCCGCUCCCCCGUAAGACUAUAUGGGUGACCAAUUUACUACAGUCAUAUAUAGUGUUAAUACGUGUUAGUAGUAGCAGUCAUAGUAAGCAUAGUGUAAGUAGUAGUAGUGGAUCAGCGGGUAUCAGCAAUGCCCAUCCCACCUCCCUGUCCCCCUGCCGGUCAAGAGGGUAUGGCAGCGCCAUGGAGAACGGUCAUGGCAGCACCAGUGCCAGGGUGCCAGCAGUGAUGUCUAAAAACUGGAAGGAGGCCUUCAGCAACUCAGGAGAGCCUUUCUACAUAGACCAUUACUCCAAGACUACCAGCUGGCAGGAUCCUCGUGCUCAGAGCAGCAGAGAAACGACGCUCGACAAGAAUGAAUUACCAGGGUUCACAGACCAGCCAGGGGAGCUGAGGGGUUUCUCUAUCCACAUAUGUCUCUCUAAAGGUCCCGGGGGGUUUGGUUUCAACAUUGUGGGGGGCAGCAGAGCCCGGGAGUUCCUCCAGGUCUACAGCGUCACACCAGGGGGACCUGGAACUCUCAACACAGCGGAUAUCCUGGUGUACAUCAACGACGUCUGUGUCCUGGGAACGUCUCAUAAAGAGGUGGUGGAGAUGCUGAAGGCAGUGCCUGUGGGCCACAGUGUGGACGUGGUCCUCCGGAGGGGCUACCCCAUGCUCUACAACCCAGAUGGCUGCCUCAAGCAGUCCCAUCCUGGGUCAACUGAUGCGUUCCAGAGGCAGCAUCACUGUCACCAACCCCCGGCCCGCCCACCCCGCUCCCUGAGGGGUCUCGCCCACCUGCAGGCCCCGGAUAACUCCCAGAGUGACAGUGAGGUGGUCUCAGCCAUCGGCUCACACAGGGCAUCCAUGAUCCGUAACCACAACAAUAACUCCCUCUCUACCCCCCCUCAACCCGUGCGCUACAGAACCUCUAAAAGUGACCUGUCAGAGAGUGACCUGUCCAACUCCUCCACACUCCCUGUGUCCAGACAGCCCAUGCCCCAGUCAGGGAGACCCCGCCUUUCAUCCUCCCCAGGCGGAGGGGUAUACUCCCGCCUCAUCAGGCCCCAGGCUUCCCUGCUGAGACCCCCUCCCACCCCUGACAGCCCACAAAUCGGCUUCCAUGGCAACACCAGUGGCAGUGGCAGUCACAGCAGCAUCUCGUCUCCGGGGUUGAUGAGCCGGUGCAGCGGAGGUGGGGUCGGAGGAGGUGGGGUUGGAGGUGGAGGGGAGCUGGUGCCUGUAGCCCUGGCUCAAUGUGAGAGGGGAGGAGAUAUGGGCUUCAGUGUGACGGCCGGGGGACAGGGAGGCAGGCUGGCCCUGGUCAAGAGGGUCUGGGAUAGGAGGCAGUGCUCCUCCCUACAGCCAGGGGAUGCCAUCAUGAAGAUCAACGGAGUAGACGUCCAGAGUCUCAGCUUUGCACAGAUACAACGAGUUCUCCAGGAAUACACCAAACAAGGAGAAGUUAUCCUAUUGGUUCACAGAGGAGGUUCCCAUCAUUCUUCCAUCUCCCCCAACUCUAUGCGGAAAGUCCCCUCACCACUCCUUCGCCCCCCUCCUUCACCUGUGGCCUCAGACAAGAACCCAUCGGCCCAUGCAGUUGUCCUCUUCCCACCCCGUCCCACCUCCACCCCUCCUCCCCCUCCCCCAGCCAUGGUGCGCUCCUCUCUGGUCCAGAGCACCAGUUUCCUGGAGUCAGUCCCAGUCACCCUCACCAUGGAGCCCAAAGACUGGCUGUAUGCAGGCAUAGAGGAUGAGGGGGACAGGGGGGUGGUGGUCCCAGGACCAGGGCAAGAGGGAGGGGGACAGAAUCGUGUACCCCGGGGAUUCGAUGUGGAGCUGAGGAGGAAGCCAGGAGAGGGGUUCGGAUUUGUCAUCGCUUCACAGGAUGUAGAGAAGGGGAAAGGAACCAGAGCAACAGCAGGGACAUGUUUUAGUUCAUUGUGUUUUUAUUGGUCUGACCCCCAUUCAUUUAGAUGUAAGCAUCUCCAAGCUGUUUUGUUGGAAUUCAGGAUUUUUUGCGCUACAUAUGUAAUUCAAAGAGCCAUGUUGGAAAGACUGCAGUCUGCUUUGAAAACUGUCAAGGACUCCAAACCUGCCUCCCUCCUCCCUCACCGGUUUGUGACGGUGCGUCGGGGCAGUCCUGCGGCGAGGAGCGGUCAGAUACGGCCCGGUGACCGGUUGGAGGCGGUUCAGGGGCAUUCUGUGGUGACCCUUCCACACCGGGAGCUCGUCCACAUCCUCCGCAGAGCUGGAAACACCCUACGCCUCACCAUCAUCCCCCGUCCUAGCACCUACUCCUCCAGCCUAUCAGAGACCACAGAUUAUGACCCCAAUUACACAAGCAGGAAAGGUCACAGGUCACGACCCAAGCAUGGCUCUAGGUAUUACAGUGUGGAUCUAGACCGCGGGCAGACAGGGUUUGGGUUCAGCCUGCGAGGGGGCAGUGAGUACAACAUGGGUCUGUAUGUACUGGGACUGAUGGAGGGGGGACCUGCCUCACGCAGCCACAAAAUACAGGUGAGUGAUCAGUUGGUGGAGAUCAACGGGGACAGCACAACAGGGAUGACCCACACCCAGGCAGUAGAGCAGAUACGCAGGGGAGGACACCGCAUAUACCUGGUUCUAAAGAAAGGCAAUGGAUACGUCCCUGACUACGUGGAGCUGUCCAGUCUGUCUCUAUGUAUGACCAACUCCAAGCUAGGCGAGCCUUGCUUCUAUGUCAUCGGCCGGACAGAGAAUACGCGGUUGGUGAUCGUUCCUGUUAGUCCUCCAUUUAUUUGUCUCUCUACAUUCCUCUUCUCCUCACUUCCUAUGUUGUCUUUACUGUUGUCGUUGUUGAAAAUAUAUUAUGUGUCACUGUACGUCGACACCCUCAUCGUGAGACCAUGAUCACCCACGUGCUGAAAUCAUAUGUUGUAUUGUCUUGAGACCGGGGUAUAACUAAAUGGGCUCUAUGUUCUGUUGCGGUUAAGGCGGCGCUAUUGUCAAACGCACGUCAGUUUGCAAUUUCGUCAUGUCAAAACUGGUGCACUGGCAUUUUCCAGCCCUAGCGCUCGGAUGGGCGGGGUGGAAAUAUUUGAGGGCUGUGCUUAAAAACAUGAUCCAAAGUGCUAAUUUCAGGCAGCACUGAUAGGACCAACCAAAAGCUGGUUUUAGCGGUAACCCAGUUGGUUAUGGCAUGAAUUUGACAGCGGAAACGCAUCCUAUACAGCCGUGACGCUCGCUGCCCAUAUGCACAUGGAACAAGAGUAGUCUAAUGUGCUUUUGGUGCCUGUAUACUUCGUAUUUAGAAACAUAAAAAACUGAUGUUUUUUCCCAUUUCGUUUUAUUUGAUUAAAAUCCCAGCAUAGCCUCGCCUCCUCUCAAUGAAGGCUUUUUUUGUCUGCCCAAUGCAAUCUCAAAGCAGUCAAGACAGACAAUAAAGGAUUUGGCUCCUGAGACUGCUUGAAAAUAAAUCGUAAUCACCAGAGCUUCAUUAAAAUAUAAAGUUUGAAAGGAGUAAAACAGUGAGCUGACAUACAUUUUUUAUCUAUGCAUUGUAGGCAGGCCCACAUUAUUUUAGCUAUACAGGUCCCGUUUUGGACGUGCGUAAAACCCCUCCAGGAUGUAGGCUACGUGUCCAUGCCCAUUAUGAAACGAUAUAUGAGAACCUCAGUGAAUACCGGUGAACCUCGUAUUUAGAAUCUGUAACCUUAAAAAAUGGAUUGUUUUCCGUUUCAUAUGUUCAAAACCCAAGCCCUCCCAUAUGGCUACUAUAGCGAAGGCUGGUUCAACAGCAAUGUGUGUCUUUUUUAUCCUGGCAGUUUUAUAUCAUUACAUUUUACGUUGUAUAAAAAAACUGAUUGCUUGGUUUUCGUUACAUUUUAUUACAAUCAAACUUAUUAGAAUGAUUCACC